AUUGAGCAUUGACUUCUUGGGGAUUGGGCUCGGGUCUUCCUCCCCAGAGAGGCGAGAGGAGCUCACCGGCUGUCAGGCCCUCACAGACACUCACACCUGCCACAGGUACACACGCUGCCCCUCUACAAGCACACGCUGGCGCUGCCAGUCUCGCUCCCACGCUGCCGCACCUGAGAGCAGGUGGCCGCCGGACCCUGUCCCUGCCCUCGCCGCACCUGGGGAUCAGGUGCGGCUCCUGCUGCAGCAGACGGGCCUUGCUGGGCCAGUGCCUCUGGGAGUCCGAGGAGGCGGCUUCCAGAGCGGCCGCGGUGCCAGCGAUCAGAGAAACAAGGAGCCCAGUGCCGGUCCAGUGGCUGUGAUGGGAAAAGAUUACUACAAGAUUCUUGGGAUCCCAUCGGGGGCCAACGAGGAUGAGAUCAAGAAAGCCUACCGGAAGAUGGCCUUGAAGUACCACCCGGACAAGAACAAAGAACCCAACGCGGAGGAGAAAUUUAAGGAGAUUGCAGAGGCCUAUGAUGUUCUGAGUGACCCGAAGAAACGGAGCCUGUACGACCAGUAUGGGGAGGAAGGCCUGAAGACCGGCGGUGGUUCAUCAGGUGGCUCCAGUGGCUCCUUUCACUACACCUUUCAUGGGGACCCCCAUGCCACCUUUGCCUCCUUUUUUGGUGGCUCCAACCCCUUCGAUAUCUUCUUUGCCAGCAGCCGGUCCACACGGCCCUUCAGUGGCUUUGACCCAGAUGAUAUGGAUGUGGAUGAAGAUGAGGACCCAUUUGGCGCCUUUGGCCGCUUUGGCUUCAAUGGGCUGAGCAGGGGUCCGAGGCGACCCCCAGAACCACUGUACCCUCGGCGCAAGGUGCAGGACCCACCUGUGGUGCAUGAGCUGCGGGUGUCCCUGGAAGAGAUCUACCACGGCUCCACCAAGCGCAUGAAGAUCACACGGCGGCGCCUCAACCCCGACGGGCGGACUGUGCGCACAGAGGACAAGAUCCUGCACAUCGUCAUCAAGCGCGGCUGGAAGGAGGGCACCAAGAUCACCUUCCCCAAGGAGGGCGACGCCACGCCUGACAACAUCCCCGCCGACAUCGUCUUUGUGCUCAAAGACAAGCCCCACGCGCACUUCCGCCGCGACGGCACCAACGUGCUCUACAGUGCCCUGAUCAGCCUCAAGGAGGCGCUGUGUGGCUGCACCGUGAACAUUCCCACCAUCGAUGGCCGUGUGAUCCCUUUGCCCUGCAAUGAUGUCAUCAAGCCUGGCACCGUGAAGAGACUCCGCGGGGAGGGCCUUCCCUUCCCCAAGGUGCCCACCCAGCGAGGAGACCUCAUUGUUGAGUUCAAAGUUCGCUUCCCAGACAGAUUAACACCACAGACACGACAGAUCCUUAAGCAGCACCUACCCUGUUCCUAGGCUCUGCCCCCACCAAUCCAGGGUCUACCACAGCAAUACCCCCACUCACCCACCCAGUGUGCACCCAGUUUCAUGUCCACUGGACACUGGCAACUUUUUCUAAAAUGCAAAAAAAUGCCACUGGUUUCCAGGAAUAUGUCCCUGUCCCUGACCCCUUUCAGAGCUGGGCUGCCUUGGGGAAGUGGGAGGGAGGUGGGGAGCUAGCCCAGGCCAGGGGUGGGGAGCUAGCCCAGGCCAGGGGUCAGUUUUCGUGUCACGAGCUUUGAAGCCAGCGCCCACGCCGGUGGCUGGAGAGUGACCUGAGUGCUACUUGAAGAUAUAGAGUCCCUGUCCACGCCUGUACAUAGCAUGUCCUCCUUCCCCUGAGCUGUGCUAGUCCCUUUCCUCUCCUUGCCCUUGGCUUCCUCGUGGGAGAGGAGGAAGACAGGAAGGACACUGCCUUCCCACGCCCCCAGGGUCACCAUGUCCGAGGUUCUUGCACACAUUCACGCACGAGAAGGACUCGCCUAGAGCUGUCUGCCUCUCCCGGGAAGCAGGAGAGGAGAGGAGGCGGGAGGGCAAGGCCUGCCGCCCGUGACCAGGGCCACGGAGCACGAGACACUUUUCAUUUGACACAGGGAGGUGACCUGCCCCUCAGCGCCUCCCUGACAGCUGCGCUACCGCUACCUACAGCUGAGAGAGCCAGAGCACCGUCCUCCCCGGUGCUUGGUGCUCACAGGAGCGCUGGCGGGGGGCGCCGAGGCACUAAGGCGAGAGGCAGGGGCGAGGCCCAUCUCCCAGCCUCCAUGGGAAGGAAAAGGGCUCUGGGUUCAAGCAGUAGCUCCCCUCCCCUCCCGCAAGAGAUUCAGGGUCACAGGUUUCUCCCCACACCUCUGAACUCAGGGUCUAGCCACCCCAAACUUGCAAAUCCCACUUUUGUGAUAUGUGAAGCUACUUAUUUCUUACCCUUCUUGGAGGCUGUGUGGGGAAUCUCCAGCCCUUGGAUGCCCAUGUGACCCCACCCCACUCCCACCGUGUGUAAGGGUCAAACAGUGAAAGAGCAGGGGGGCGGGAGGGCUGCUUCAGCCAGGUCCUGGGGUGGGGUCUCUAGGUUUUCUCACUUUGACAAGCCCCUGAAUGUUUUUAUAGUAGUUUUUUUGUAUUUUUUUGUAAUGACAGUAUUAUGGAAAAAAUAAAAUAUUUUAAAACUA